ACCGCCAUCAGACAACCUCACGAGAACAUGGCAUUUUUUUUGGCGGCGGUGCGUUGUGUCGUGUUGAGGCUACGCAAUGACAUGCGUGCGCAUCCCUGUUACGGGCAGGUUUUAGCUUGCGCGGCAACGACGAUCGUGUGCCCCUGGCGCGCCACAGUCUCGUUGAACGAGUCCGGACUUGCUGCACACUUCACGCUCUGGGUACUAACAAAUACCCGCCUCGUCCACGCCUCCGCCUCCACCGCUGCCGUAUACAGAGUCGCAAAUUCGCCUCGGCCACUCGCUCCAUUGUCGCUCCCCCGUCGCACACACCACGCCCACCAUGACACGAAUACUCGUUCCCUUCGCUGCAGUCGUCGCCACCUUGUCUCCCCUCGUACACGCUGGCAUCCAGUUCACUGCCCCCGCGGCUGGUUCUACAAUGGUUGCUGGCUCUGCCAUUACUGUCCAGUGGGCGGAAACCGAUGCGGGGCCAAAACUUGCCGACCUGCAAGGUUACCAGUUGCAGCUGGUAGUUGGAGGUAACGAGGGCGACGAACAAAUGAUCGUGACUACCAUUACUCCGAGCGGCUUAUUCUCGGCGGGCAACGCAGCUUCAGGAAGAGUAGAAGCAGGUUUAUCGGAGGAUCUCAAGGAUGCCAAUGCAUACUUCGUCAAGAUGAUCGCAACUGGCAAGACUGGCGACGGCCAGUACGUCGUCUACUCUGAUCGCUUUUCCUUCUCUGGCAUGACUGGCAAGAACAUCCUCAAUCCGACUGUAAAAGAGGCUGCCACCACCGUCACUGGUACAGCUGGACCGGCAAGUGAAGACACUUUGACCAACAAUGGCCCGGCGACUAGUGGUGAUCUAUAUGAUGUUGAAUACACAAUGCAGACCGGCAUCACUCGUUAUGCGCCCAUGCAGCCUGUACCUGGCACCAAGGUUACUGCAACCAACACCAAGCCCCUCUACCCUACCAGCAGUGUGAGGAUUGCCAAAACCAAGCUGCCGACUCCUAGCCAGGUGAUUACACUCACCGCCACGCAGACAUUUUCUACCCAGAGUAGGGCAAAUACGGUUGCCCCGGCGUCUCACGCCACCGACGACAUGGCCAAGUUCCUCAGGCGUUGGCAAGACUAGAUGGCCUGUUGUUUGUUGAAAGAUAUCAAUCCUGCAGCUUGAAGGCUGGCCGCAACCGACCCAUUGUUUCCAUCAUCGACAUUUGCACAUCGCCAUAGAGCAGACUAGUGCUGGGCGUCGUGGUCGUGGAACCUACAACCCAUGGAUUAACCAUAUCGUGCCAUUGUUCGCUUGGCUCCAACGCCUGCAGAAUCGUUUUGUUUCACUGCACCUUUAUACCUAAACGAUAAAAGGGAUACCCCGAUUUUGGGCAAUGACAUGGCAUGGCGUAGGUGUUUGGAGCUUGCUUACUUUUUCUUCAUGGCUAGGGGUUGUUUGGCACGUUGUAAUAAAGUGUAAGAAAUUUAUAGACAUGAUUACGUAGUUUUACACACACACACACACACUAGCGGAUGCAUCAAACGACAAUGUUAUGCUAUUGUUUUUUAC